CUUCUUGUUUCUAAAUUUUUCUUAUUCCAAUCGUUUGAUAGCCGUUUAAUAGUGUUUGAUAAGCUUGUAAAAACGUUCGAUAACGAAUAGUUUUUCAGAAAAUCAAAAUCAGAAUCUGAUGAGAAUUUGACCGACACUUUUUUAGGUCCGUUUGUGCAAGCGUUUUAGCGUGCUCCGAAGCAUUAUAGGUGUGUUCAAAAAUGGGCGAAAAGCGCUAAGAGCAUGUUGUGUCGCGAUCAAAUGCAUGCAAUAAACAGAGAAGCAAUGAUGCACUCUUCGCUCAUUUUUGAACACACAGGCUCCGGUGCACGUAAAAAUGCUUGCACGAACGGACCUUAUAUUCCGUUAUUAUUCAAGUUUGAAGUUUGCUUGAGGUAUUGGUAGAUACACUCGACCAAUUAGAAACGUGGAUAUGGUUUGUGGGUCCACUGUCCAGCAGGGCGUCGAUUUAAGCUGUCGUAUAAACCAGUAUAAACGUAGUCCAUGCAUCGACAUAUAAGUACUGGACUGCUCACUGUAGCCGCAGAAAGUGCCUUAGUUUCCACCGUGCAGGGUUGAAAUAGAGUUAACCAAUCAAGUUAACUUAUUCCGCUCAAAUCUCGUUUUUAAUUGGUUUACUCUAUUUCAACCGUGCACGGUGCAAACUGAGCCAGUGUAUAACCGGGAAUAGAAAGAGAGGGCGAAUCGUUAGGACCGUUCUGUCCUUCUUUUAAGUAGGAGCGGAAUCAGGAAUAAGGGAACCACGCGCAGUAAAAUGUAUAUAAAUGGCUAUAACUAUGGCGGCUACUAUGCCAAUAAAUCCAAAACCAUUCCUUAAUGGUCUAACAGGCAAGCCUGUAAUGGUAAAACUAAAGUGGGGCCAAGAGUACAAAGGCUAUCUUGUGUCGGUUGAUGUCUACAUGAAUCUGCAAUUAGCAAAUACUGAAGAACAUGUAAAUGGAACUUCAACAGGGAACCUUGGUGAAGUGUUAAUAAGAUGUAACAAUGUGAUGUACAAUCGUGGUGUCGAAGAAGAAGACGAAGAGGGAGGAAGGAUUAGCUAUCUGUAUAAGAAUUGUAUUAAAGUUUGUAUUUUAAGUUAGACAUACUCAUUUAUUCCAUAUAAAGUAAAUCACACUCUUUUUCAUAAUCGUCUAUUUUAUUAGGAAUCCAACAAAGUAUUUAUAUACAUACAA